AUCUAUCCCAGAAUGCUUUGCGCAAUGUCGUCAGUUUUUAUAGUACAGUACAGUAGUAAAUGGCUGUAAGUACGCUAGUUAGUACGUUUUCACUCGUCUUCAUUGCUCCUUCUUUGGUCGUGAAAAGGUCCAGUCCACCUUCCUACGUUCGUGAGUACGUUCUCGCCUCAAAACUGCCACCUGAGUGGGGAAAUGGCUGAGGCUUCCACACCGUCCUGCCGGUUCUUCUGCCACCGGUGUUCCACGGAGAUAAGCCCGCGUUUACCGGCGUGUGUGGCGGUCGGUUGCAAUAACAGAGAAGAUAGACGGAGAGACUUGAAGUUCUACCGGAUUCCGAGAGACCCGGAGAGAAGAGAGCGAGAUGGGCUGCUGCAAUUCGACAAGAAAACUGGGCUCCAAACGAUUACCACAGAUUAUGUAGUCGUCAUUUUAUAUCUGGACUUUACCUGUCCACUUUGCGACUCUGGAUUCAUUGAGGAGUUGCCAGAUGAACCAAGAAAUGAAAAUAGCACCCCAUCGACAUCCUCCACAAAUGAUCAGACCCCCUUUCAGCCAACUAUGAAUCACCAGCAUAUGUUCACCUUUCCUUCCGGGUACAGUCCGUUCACUCUGGGAGUAUUCAAUGAAAACUUUGAACUCAGAACUUGGCUGCCCACAGAGGAUAACAGGGAGACCGAAAUUCAACGGGAACAAGACACGGCGUCGGAGCAAGGAGACGGUACGCGGCAACCGCGGGGUCGACACGCGGCUCAACGACAGGGCACGCGUCCUGAAGGAGUUCCCACGUUAGAGGGAAUUAUCCAACAGCUAGUUAAUGGGAUCAUAGCACCCACGGGUAUGCCAAAUAUUGGAAUUGGACCAUGGGGUGUGCUUCAUUCCAACCCAAUGGAUUAUGCGUGGGGAGCCAAUGGACUGGAUGCCAUCAUAACACAGCUACUCAACCAGUUUGAAAACACGGGUCCUCCUCCAGCAGACGGAGAAAGGAUAAAGAGUUUGCCUACUGUCUCCAUCACAGAAGAACACGUGGGCGCUGGUUUAGAGUGCCCUGUUUGCAAAGAGGACUACAGCGUGGAGGAGAGCGUCAGGCAGCUCCCGUGCAAUCAUAUGUUCCACAAUGAUUGUAUAGUCCCUUGGCUUGAACAGCAUGACACGUGCCCCGUGUGUAGGAAGAGUCUUAACGGCCAGAACACAGCCACAAACCCACCGGGUUUCUCAGGAAUGAACUUCUCUCCCGCUUCAUCGUCCUCUUCUUCUUCCAACUCGCUUAGCAAUGAGAACGCUUCGAGCAACUCGUAGAUUUUCCACCUCAAAGCUGCAAACUUUCAAGAAAUCUUGUCUUCAGCGUACUCAAGUCUUAAUUCUUACGGACGUGUCAUUUGACUGGUCGCUGGAGCUACUCUUGCUGCAUUGCCGCAAGGUUGAGGACACAUUUAAAAAAAAAAAAAAAAAAAAAUUGUAAAAUGCUGUUUUUAAAAACUGCCUGCGGGGGCGCUGAUGUGUAAGUAUCACUUUAUUGGAACAAGCCUGAGCCACUGUUAUAGCAAUGGGAUAAAAUUUGUGUGUAUGCUUCUGAAUAUUUUAAUUGAUUUGCACAUUUGGUUUGAAUUUAUGCACAAUGUUGAGUAUUUUCAUAAUACAUCCGUUGAAAUGAA